AACAGCAAGUCUGAACAAAAUCAGCAGUUCACUUCCGAGUGUAGGUCUGGCUCCCUCCCCUCACACACACCCUCCCUGAAAGGUGUCGGAGAGAGAGGCUCAACCAACAACAAGUUGUGACAAAUCCUUUUUUAAUCAAGGACAGGGAGUUCACACAAAACUCAGGUUGGGCGGUGAGAACCAUGCAAGUGUUUCACUGAAUGGACCGAACGGAAGAAUCGAUUUGAGUGGAAGUUUAUUUUUUCUUCUUCUUUCAGUUGAGCCUGGCAUACCUCAUCCUCUCGUGUCUAAAGUGUUUAAAGGAUUGGAAAUGCCUGGGAACGAGAGAGUUUCUCGUCUCUUGAAAGAGAUCAUUCAAAAGCCGGGGAACGACGCGUGCGCAGACUGUGGUGCGCCUGAUCCUAGUUGGGGCUCCUGUUCCUUAGGAGUGUUCAUCUGUGUUCAAUGUUCCGGGAUCCACAGGAAUAUUCCCGACAUCGGAAUGAAGGUCAAAUCCCUCAGCCUCUCCCGCUGGGAAGACCAGGAAGUGAAGUUCAUGGCGGAGAAUGGGAACGAAUUGAUGAAGCAGAAAUAUGAGGCUUUUGUUCCUGUCUACUACUACAAACCUACCCACAAAGACUGCCAGUAAGUGUGUGUGUG